AUGGCGUCUUCCGGGGCCCCGAUGCAGGAUUCCAUGUCUGCCUCGGGUCGUGCGUCGGAGAAGCUUAGCCUUCCGGUUCUGCAAUCCAAGAUGAAGUCCGACCCUGAAGGCUAUACGUCGGAGCUCGUUUUAAUUUACAACCAAUUCAAGUCAUCUCUCGAACUUUUCGAGCAGCAAGCGGCUUUAAAUUUCACCUCAUUGAGUGGAAUCGCCACCGACCCGACGGUGGCGAAGGAUUUGGGUGACAGAGCCUUGUUCUUAGCCCAUGUCACUCCAUUUUACCAUAAACAAUUAGCGCAAUUCCCAAAAGAGCUGGCACAAUUUUUGAAGUCUUCGGCCCGGUCCCUGCCGUCGGGACUCAGGGUGCAUGUAACUCAAGCUCUGAUUCUUUUAAGUAAUCGCAAGCUAGUUGAUAUUGUGGAGACACUUGAAUUGUUCAUGGAGCUCCAAAGUUUGGGGGAUAGGGUGCUGAGGCAGCUAGCAUUCUCGCAUGUAAUACAUGGUAUUAGGCGGAUGAAUCAGAAGCAUAAGAAUGAUCCCAAGAAUCGGGCACUUCAAAAUAUUUUGUUCUGCAUGUUGCAGCAAGAAGAUGAGGCAAUAGCGAAGAGAGCUCUUAUUACCCUCUGUGAUUUUCAUCGGAGGAAGGUCUGGUUUGAUGAUAGGACAGCAAAUGCCAUAUGCAUGGCUUGUUUUCAUGUGUCCUCAAAGAUCAUGAUAGCUGCUCUGUCAUUUCUUCUUGAUUUUGAGAAGAUUGAAAAUGAUGAUGACACUGAUGAUUCAGGCAGUGAAGAUGACCUUGAAACACAGCAGACUCAAAUAGUAGUCAAUAAAGAGUCUAUUUACAAGGCAAAGCAUAAAGGCACAACAUCGAGCAAAAAGAAAAAGAAAGCGAAAUUGCAGCGUGUCAUUCGUAGUAUGAAGAAGCAGCAGCGGCUCUCCUCUGAGAAUAGUAAUAAUUCAAAUUACUUUUCACCAUUAAACCAUUUGAAAGAUGCACAGGGCUUUGCUGAAAAGCUGUUCUCACGACUGCAAACGAGCAAUGAAAAGUUUGAGGUUAAGAUGAUGAUGUUAAAAGUAAUUUCCCGAACUGUUGGUCUUCACCGCUUGAUUUUGUUAAACUUCUAUCCUUACCUUCAGAAAUACAUUCAGCCUCAUCAACGUGACGUCACAAGUUUACUCGCAGCAGCUGUGCAGGCGUGCCAUGACAUGGUGCCACCAGAUGCAGUAGAACCAUUAUUUAAGCAAGUAGUCAAUCAAUUUGUGCACGAUCGAUCACGCACUGAGGCAAUCUCUGUUGGACUGAAUGUAGUGCGGGAAAUAUGUCUACGCAUGCCUUUGUUGAUGAGUGAAGAUUUGCUGCAAGAUCUCGUUUUGUAUAAAAAAUCACAUGAGAAGGCAAUUUCUUCAGCCGCACGUUCACUUAUUACUUUAUUCAGAGAGGUUUGUCCUUCACUAUUGAUCAAGAAGGAUAGAGGGAGGCCUACUCACCCAAAGGCCAGGCCUAAAGCAUUUGGAGAGGUGCAGGUUGCUAGUAAUGUCCCUGGGGUCGAGUUGUUGGAACAAGAUGAUGAUGGCAGUGGUGAUGACAUUGAUGAGGAUGGGAGAUACAGUGACUUGUCCGAUGAUGAUAAUGAAAAUGAUGAUGUUGGCCCUAUUGAAGAAGGUGAUUCUCAGUGUGAAUCUGGUGGGUCCAGUGAUGAUGACUUUGUUACUGACGGUGACAGUGGUGAAGAUGAUGUACAAGAGGAUGAAGAAGUGUCUGAUAGCGAUAAUGAUAAUGAAGCUGCUGAUCAUGCAGAUGACAUUAGUGACGAAUACAAGAGUGAUGAGGAGCUAAAGGACUCUACCACUUUACUGGAAUCUGAUGAUGGAACUGCUAAGGACGUGAAAUCUAAAGCACAGAAGAGGAAGUUUUCUGAUUUUGACGGACAACUGAAUGCCGCUGGUAAAAGUCUUCGUGCUUUAAAGAAAUUAGCUGGAGAAAAGGUGGGGAAUGCUGCCAUGGACACUAAUGAUGGUAUUCUUUCCAACGAGGACUUCCAAAGAAUAAAAGAGCUCAAGACUAAGGAGGAGGCCAAAAUUGCCUUGGCCCAGCAUGGAUUUAAGAUUCCAAGCUCAGACCAACUUAGUACCAAGAGAGUUGAUGCUGCCAAACUCGAGGCUAACAUAAGGAAGAAGUUAACCAAGGAUCAAAAAUUGGCAUUGGUAAGAGCCGGGAGGGAGGAGAGAGGGAAAUAUCAAUCUCGUACUUCUAUAAAAAAGAAAAAGACGGGUGGUACAAGCAACCAGCAAAAGGAACACAAAAAAGCCAUGCCCCUUGCUGCAAGGAGAUCCAAGAUUGCAAAAGGCCGGGUAGAGAAGAAGAAAAAACAACAGCGUUCUGGCAAGCAAUUCCGUGGAAGGAAAGCAUGGAAAUGA